AUGAGAAUAGUGCACACAGUAGAACGAAGUCAGAGCCAACUAGCCCGUUCCCCUGCAGGUGUUUUAUCUCCUUGGUUGAGUGGAAAUGGUCGUUCUAAUUCUAGGCGUUCGCAUUGUGGAGGUCACCGUUCAUCAGCAGACCAAUUAAUUACAGAAAAUAAAAAUGCCAGUCAACAACAAACAAAUAAUUCCUCACCAAACAAUAUCCCCCAAUUAACCAUUGUAUUAAUGGGAGGCCCCAAAACAGGCAAAUCCGCGCUCGUUAGCCAAUUUCUUUGGGAAUGUUUUCUGUCUGAUUAUCGCCCUACUGUCGAAGAAUUUAAUUGGGUAGAGUAUGGAUGUGUUGAACAAAAAUUGUCUGGGCCCAAUUUUAUGUUACAAUUAAUUGAUAGUAGUGGAAGUAGGGAUUUUCUGGCUAUGAGACAUUUGUAUUAUAGAAUUGCUGAUGCUUUUAUGGUUGUCUAUGCAGCAGACGACCCUCAAAGCUAUGCAGAAGCAUUAACUAUGCUAAAAGAAAUUGGAGAACAAAAUACCAAAAAUGCCCCAAUUUUAUUGCUUCAAAAUAAAAGUGAUUUGGUGCCUAGAAGUGGUGGAGGGGAUACUCCUCCCUCCCCGGCAUUAUUAAAGGAUGAAGAAAAGGAUGAACAGUUGCUGAUUACUUCUGUUAGGAGAAUGAGAAUUUCUGCAAAAAAUUUGGAACAAGUGAAAGGCGCAUUUUCUUGGUUAAUAGAAGAAUUAGUAAGGCGUUCAGAAAAUAUUUUUUCCUCAACCCAAAUUGACGGAAAACAACGCCCAACAAUUAUCACAACAGAAAAUAAUAAUGGAAUAAUUAAAGGAAGAAAGAGAAAUGGAAGUGGGCCUACAACAGGAUUUUUACCUUCAAAUAAUGGAAAAAUAGCGUUGUUAACCAGAAGAAGACAGUCAAUGCCGUCGCGGAGGACUGCUAGCGAAUUGGGGAUAGAUGAACAGGCGUUGAAACAGUUUAUGAAAAGGUGA